CAGUAGCAUUUCACUCAUAUUCAGAAUAUUUAACAUUGCUGGGUUAAGAGCCUUCAAAAAGCUGCCCUGUUUCUUUAAGAGAAGUCUUUGGAAGGGACAUACGCUCAGCAAAACUCCCUUAAACUUCCAUGGAUUGGUUAUCCUCUCAUGACUGGCAAGUCUAGAGCAUUGCCUCUGUUUCUAAUUGGUUGGUCUUUUUAUCCAUCAUUCACCGUAUUCUGAGCUUUGUGGAUAUCAGGCUACUUUGAGAGAAGCAUGAAAAAGAUUUUUCUCGGUACCAUGAAUUUUGACUUCUUUGUGAUUAACAUACUGUAUAAAUAAAUGUACACAAAGCUAAAGAUUUACACUGAUGUUAGAAGUGCAACUCCACAGCAGCAUUACGUGUUUGAAUGGAACAGAAGUGAAAAACUAAGACAACCAAAAAAGAAUGAUCAAAAGAGGAUGUAGACAGGAGAAUGCAGGAAGCUCCAGAAGCCCGAAUCUUUAGCCAUACUGAUGGCUCUGUUGCUGCCCUUAAUGCGGCCAGUACGUCCCUCGGCUCGUGCCACUUCCAGCAGCUCUCAUUGGCCUGGAGCAGUGAACCGCAGCCAGUGGGAGCGCGAUCAGCCAGACCUGCGGAUGUGGCAGCCCUCUUGGAGCUCAUGAGAUGUAUAGCUCUGUCAAGAAUUUGCUAUGGAGACCAUCACUGGAAAAUGACAGAAGCCCAUGUUAAUUUGGCUCAGGGAUACCUCCAGUUUAAAGGAUUUUCACUACAAGCACAGCAACAUGCAGAAAAAGCCAAAGAAAUUCUUCUUGCCAGCUCACCUAUCCCUUCUUCUGAUUCUCAACAAAGAAUGGACUUUGUGCUAAGUGCUCAUUGGCCUGGAGCAGCGAACCGCGGACAGUUUGCUAAACAUGUUAAGAGUAUGAUUUGUGUAAGACUCUCCUUUUGUACUGCAGCAUUAUGCCAGUGUCAGAAAGGAUCAGAAGAUGCUAUUCUCUGCUAUCAAAAAGCUCUGAGCUAUAUUGAGAGGAGUAAGGGUGAAACCAAUCUGGAGUGUAUUCCUGUACACAAGAAAAUGGCAGGAGUAGCACAGGUUCUUGGGAUUCAUGCAACAGCAAUCCAGCAUCUUGUAAAGGCUCAUUUCAUUGCCAUGAGAAAAAGCCCUUCUUCAGGGGAAGCAGCAGAAACUGCUCACUUGGUGGCACAGGCUGCAGUUGCCUCUAAACAAUCAGAGCACAAGGAUGAGUGCCUUUUGAAGGUUCUGAAUAGUUACCAUGCUGUCCUGCUUGUAGGAAUGCACACUUCAGUAAACGCUGCACACUGGAUCACAGUAGAUUUAGUCCUUCUUGCACUGUUUCUUUCAUUUUGCAGACUUUGUAUGACUGUGACAUCGUUUCUCAAGCAACUGAUGUUGUUCUCCUUCCCUGACCCGUUUUUAAUUUUUUUGAGGCCAUUUUUCCUUUCACAGAGAGCACCAAUAAUGUUGAAAGGAUCAUUAGAAGCUAAAAUAUCCCUAUUUGGGUAUCUCAGCCUGGAAGUAGCAGAGACAUACUGGCUCCUAGGAGGAACAGAACUGGCACAAGGACACACACAUUUGGCAUACAAGAAACUUAAGAAGUGCCUGUACCUUCAGAUCCUCUUAUUUGGCACCCACAACAAAAGGACUGUAGCAACCCAGGAGGACAUUGACUUGUCAAAAUGAGUGAGUUUUCAGUCUUUGUGGCUGAUCUUCCUUUUAUAUGCUGUUACAUUCUGUGUUUCCCUGCACGUCUGAGAUAUUUGGGCCAUAAAGCUCACAGAAAUGUCUAAUGGAAAAGAAAAAGAUGACCCACAGUGUUGGAAAGUUCACAGGGCAACAGUUUGUUGAAUAUAACACUCUAAUUUAAGGAUAACUCUUCAGACUUCAACAGCAGUGAUCUAACCACAGCCUACAGCGAUUUUGAGAUGUACCACCACCCCGGCUUAGAUUAUUCAGAGCAGCAAAUAAAAUUCAGAUGAGGGUAGAUUCCCUUUCACCUUCAUUCCCACCCCACUCCAGAAAACAAAUUAGCAACACUGGCAGUGUUGUUCACCUAUUAGGUCCCUACAUCUAAUAGACAUCAUCUACAUCAUCAUAGUCCUAAAACUGUUGCUCAACAUCUUCCUCAGUCACUAACAGAUGUUGCCAUAAGUCAUCAUGUAGCACCCUGUCUCUCUCAGAGGAUGGCAAAUUGAGCCAUUACAAAAAUCAAGUAAAGGCCAGGAUUAGGAGAACAACACUCCAUUGAAAACAUCAGUUCCCAAUUAUAAAAAGUGUUUGGAUCCAUGGAUGAGAUGAGUGUUUCAAGAUAUGCAAUGCUUACUGGGGCUGUUAAUUAUUCAUAUUUUGAAAAUUAAGUGGUGAACAGUGGAAUUGACAAUGACCUAUGAUUUACAACACCCUUCCUUUUUUCGGGGCCCCAGAUGUAGGAGCAAAACAGAGACGAUCAGAUAAAAAAGACCACCAGACUGUGCUAUUCAACAGUACUCCAUAGUGGGAAGGCCCAAAGCAUAUAUAUAUGACAGGUUUCUCAUGCUUACUUCUGACGACUGAACCUGUAUCUGCAAGCAUCGGUCAUGCAGAACUGAAAUCCGUCAUUGGAUUAAAUACUGAAUGUAAAGCAAACUUUCGUGGGGACAGAUUACUUACCUUAAUGGAUACAGAAAAAAAAAUUAAUAUAAGUGAACGCUAUUUUUAAUUUUAAUACUCUUGGAUCAUAGCGUUUUAAGAUCCUUAAUGAGAGCCUCUUCAGUUUUCUCUUUUGUGAAAGAAAAACAUUUUUUUUCCUGUUUGGAAAUACAAAACUGCCUCAGUAAUAAAAUAAAUUUACAUCAAAAAUAUGAAUUCAGGCAGGCAUUGCUGUUCUGCACUGCACGCUUACUAGCUUCUUGAACAAAGGAUUUUAAUUUUUCUAUUUAGUUUAUUCAUAAAGGCCCCCUAUUACCUUGGUAGCCAUGCACCAUUAACUGCAUUGUUCAAAAAACUUAAAAUCUUUUUGUUGUUGGUGUUUUUUUGGGUUAAACACAAUAGGGUAUGAGUUAGGAAAAUAACCUCACCCUACCCCACCCCACCCCCCAAAAAAGUUGACAGUAGGGUGGGGUAUUUUUUUUCCUUGUUUUUAAAGAAGUCUUUUGUAUCACAUAUAUGUAACUUUAAGUAAGUUCUGCCAUAUGAAGAACAUCUAGGAUUCAUUCGAGCUCAUGACUCUUCCUCCCGUUGGCAAAAGAUGCCAUAGCUUAAGUGUGCUUGAUUUCAGGCUGCAAAGUACCACCUGUUGCUACCCACAGCACAAUUUGGAAGGGAAAAACAGGAUCAGUAGGGUCAGCUACACAAUGAACAUGCAUGAAUAAUUGCAGAUGAUAUCACUUAAAGAUUUCACUUUCUAAUCUAACAGUUGUGGGGUUCAGUGCUUACAUCUGUUCUAUAGGGAUUUUUAUGCUGCAAGAAGAAUACAGGUUCAUCCCUGGUAAUUUUAGGACCAUUUUAAAAGAAUUUUGGAUAUAAAGAUGUGUGUAUCUUUGGUAAGAUGUUACCUUCAAGAGUUCAGUACGUAAUGGAAAUUUCCAUGGAAUCAUUUGAUGUUAGCAUAACUGAGAACCAUGAUAAAUCUAAGAAUUAAGAUAGGGUGACAAGACAGCAAGUGUGAAAAAUCGGGACAGCAGGUGGAGAGUAAUAGGAGCCUAUAUAAGAAAAAGACCCAAAAAUCAGGACUGUCCCUAUAAAACCGGGCCAUCUGGUCACCCUAAAUUAAGAUUUUAAACCAUGUGCUGGAAAAACAACCAAAAGUGAUGGCCAUCUCCUUAUUACUCAGAGAGAUGCCUGGGGUUUCAGCUCUGAUUCACAGUACCUUUAGGGAGAGUCACUCAGAAGAGGAGCCUGCCUGAGUCCAUUCAUAAGAAGGGACUUGGAUACCACAAGCACACAGCAUCUUGCCUCACUGAGAUCCAGGAAGAAAGGCAGGGCAUGCAGAAUGCAGGCAUUGGACCUGGAAUCAGCUAGUCCCCAGAGCAACCAGGAGGAGGUGCACUAGCCACGAGCAGACCCUAUGACAGAAUGGCAUAAUUCAGCCAAAUCUUAGAGCAGCAGGAAAACUGUGCUUCUCCUGUCCACUCCAACCACUUCGGGUUUAUAAAUGCCCCGUGCCUGCUGCUAAGAAGGCACCUCAGCCACUCUAACCAUGGUGGUUAGAUGAGUCAAGGAAUUACUAGUUGCUGUGUUUUUACUCUGUCCCUGCCACCACAGUGAUGCAGGCACUUCAAACUCCAGAAUGAAAGAAUGUGUUCUUUGAACUGAAAGGGGCUCAUGGAGCUGAACAUACAGAGAGACCUCAAAGCAUGAGACAUGAAAACUUGAAUUUCUUUUUCCUUUGCUAAUGGAGAUUUAUAAAUACCAACUGGGAGGUGAGGGGGAAGGAGGAGAAAGAAGCAUAUACACAUUCUUUUUCAUUGUUUAAUACUGAAUGUGAAAAAAGUGCAAAAAUCAUGAAACCACAACAGCAAGGCAGACUGCAUUGUAAAUGACCAUACCACAAGCUGCCUGCAAAGUCUCACAGCUGACAUCAACAAACCCUGCUUCAACAUGACUACAGUCUUUUAAACACCUGCUAUAGCAAACAUCAGUCUGUACAGAGCUGUAGCUCUCUCAUAUCUCUCUCUUCUUACACAUAUAUACUCCAUUUUAUUUGCUUUCAAAUCCAAAAAAGUGUACAUGUUUAAAGAUUAUUAAGUCCCCCACUUCUGAGGUAAACUACCUCAAGCAUACAAAUACAAACUUCUACUGAAUAAAACUAGUAGUUACAUUUUAACAAAAUUCUAUUUGUUAAAUUCAAACUCAGCAAUUACCUUAUUUGUAUUUAAUGAAAAAAAGAACAGCAAAGUUUCUAUGAGUAAGCUUCAACAGUAUGUGCUGACUGAGGCCAUGUUAUCAAUCCUUCCAGCUCCACGCUAUCAAUAAAGUAAUUACACACAAAGCUGUUAAAUAGGGUGUCAGUAUUUAAAAAAAAAAAAAAAAACCCUCAGAGUAGUAGGUUAUAUUUGCUUGGCUAGGAAUAGAAGCAUGUGAAUUAAGACCUGGAUUCUGCUACCACAGUGGUUUUCAACAUUUUUUAGGGGUUCACAACUGAAAAAUUUUGAAUGGAGGUGCGGAUCCCUUUGGAAAUCUUUGACAGUCUGCAGACCCCAGGUUAAAAACCACAGUUCUAUGAUAAUGACACCCUUUCAUGGACCCCUUAGACAGUCUGAAGCCCUCCAGGAGUCCAUAGACCACAGGUUGAAAACCACUGUGCUAACACAUCCAGAUGGAGGUGGAAUCUGCACAUAUCAAAUUGCAACAUCAGGGCCCAAGUCACUACCUCUUUGUUUCCAGGAACAGUCAUUACCUGAAGGUGGUUGUCGUGCAAAAAAUAAAAUAGAUCUGUGGCUUUUUCCCAGUUUUAAAUAAUACUGAAGAUGAUGACAUAAGGCUCGUGUUAAUUGGAUUCAAAUGGAGAAUAUGCUGCUUACACAGUCUUCUUCAAAGCUUAUAUCCUUUAUUCAUUAAAUCUAGUUUAUUCAUUAAACCUAGUUUUCAUGGCUUGAGGAAGUCAUUCCAAUGGAUGAGUUCCAUGUUACUGUUCUUUUCCAAUUCGUUGGGACAAACCUAAACUCUUCAAGCAGCAGAUUAAAAUUCUGAUUCAAUUUAGAAUUAAAGCACUUAAAUUUAUGGAACAAACCUUUUCCUCUCCAAACAACUAAAGCAACCAGCAACAACAUAAAUACAUUUCAAUAUGACCUACUACAUCUGAUAAGUUAAUGCUGUUAAAGGACAUUUUAAAGAGCAGCUGGUGCCUCCUUGGAAAUGUUUUAUUUAGAAACAAUACUAACAUGGUCUCUUUUUCUUCUCCGUCAGUACUAUGGACAUCUGUAUAAAACAGGAACUUAUGAUUCAUUUACUCCUUGCUGGUUUUUCCUUCACCUGAUGUCCUAAUUCUCUGAAUAAUGGAAGAUAAAUACAAUCUAGCAUCAGUAGAAUUGUUUCUAAAGAAAAUAGGUCUCAAAGUUUUCCACAAGGCAUCAAUAAAUGCAGUUGAUAUUAUUGGCUCUCUUAUUUGUGGCAGGAGAAUACAUAUUCUGCAGCUAUCCUUAUGUCUAUUUUAAGAGAGCUUUUUUUUUUAAGUUUCAACUUCAAACCAAA